AUGUCGUCAAAGCCCAUAGUCGACCAUGAUGACGCUUUGUUCAGCAACCCUGACCUCCUCAGGCUCUACCUCGUCCCUGGAGCCUUGAUCGCCAGCGCAUGCAUAGGCUACAACAGCUCUGUGAUGAACGGUAUUCAAGGCUCCUCGAAAAUCCUGGUCUCGUACUAUCUGGCCCCAGUGCUGCGGUCGAUUGGCAUCACGCUCAUCAACGUCAUUAUCCAGAUCUAG